AUGGAUCCCUCCCCGUUGAGACUGCAUCAUGGAACGAUGCCUGCUCCUGACAACAACUUCUUGCAGCAUGAAAGAAACUUGAAGACCCGAAUCAGAAAAGAAAAGAUGCAAACAAAGCAGCCGAGGAAAUGGAUGAAGAUCACAGGGAGCAGGGAGCCACUCCGGCGGCAAGUACAGCUUUCCUUGUUAUUCUCUUUGUUCUGCCUGACAAUGUCGGAAGAGGUCUGGUAUUCAAUUCCUGAGGAAAGGGAGAAGGGUUCUCUUGUGGGAAAUCUGGCCACGGAUUUGGGUCUGAGUAAGAGAGACCUGGUGAAGAGGAAGCUCCGUAUUGUUUCUGCAGCUAAUGCUCAGUUCUUUACUGUGAAUGAGGAACAUGGAGACUUCUAUGUCAGAGACCAAAUAGAUCGAGAAGCAAUCUGUGGGAAAUCACCCAGUUGUGUCCUUAACUUUGAAACUGUGGUUGAAAACCCUCUAAAUGUUUUUCAUAUAAGCAUCACCAUAGAGGAUAUUAAUGAUAAUGCACCACAAUUUUUAAAAGAUGAUAUCAAGCUAGAAAUAAGUGAAUCUAGCUUGACUGGAGCCAUAUUCCCCCUUGAAAGUGCUGAAGAUCCUGACGUUGGGAUAAAUUCUCUGCAAAAUUACCAGCUGAGCAGUAAUCAGUACUUCACCUUGGAAGUUAAAGAAAGUCCAGAUGGAAAUAAAUACCCUAUUUUAGUGCAAAGCAAACCUCUGGAUCGGGAAAGUGAGCACAGCCUCCACUUGGUCCUUACAGGCCUGGAUGGUGGAGAACCAAGAAAAACUGGAACAGCCCAGAUAUGGAUUAAUGUCACUGAUGCCAAUGACAACCCACCUGUUUUCACUGAGGAAGUCUAUAAACUCAGCCUAAAAGAGAGUGCACCAAAAGGAUCGUUAGUGAUCCAGGUGAAAGCCUCAGAUGCAGAUGAAGGUCCUUAUGCACAGAUAAGAUACAGUUUUAGCAAUAUCCCAGCUAAAGCAAGACAGAAAUUCAGCCUGGAUCCUGAAAGUGGAGCAAUUUUACUUAGGGAGACUUUAGACUUUGAAGAAUCCAGAAGCUAUAUGAUGUUAGUGGAAGCCAAAGAUGGUGGUGGACUACUGGCACAUUGUAAAGUCGAGAUUGAUGUUCUGGAUGAGAAUGAUAAUGCUCCAGAGAUUUUGCUAACAUCUAUGUUUAGUCCAGUUCCUGAAGACUCUCUACCAGGAACUGUGAUAGCUUUGAUCAAUGUGGAUGAUAGAGAUGAAGGAGAAAAUGGGAAGGUUACUUGCCACAUACAAUAUAAUUUGCCUUUUAAAAUUCUUUCUUCAUCUAACAGUUACUACAAGCUACUUACAGAGAGCCCGCUAGACAGAGAAAAAGCCUCAGGAUACAACAUCACAAUCACGGCCACCGACAAAGGUAGCCCCCCUCUCUCCUCCAACAAAACCAUCUCCCUGCAGAUUUCAGACAUCAAUGACAACCCCCCUGCCUUUGAAAAAUCAACCUACAGUGUCUUUGUGCCUGAAAACAAUCCCUCAGGUGCCUCCAUUUUUGCCCUCAAAGCCUCGGACCCGGAUCUGAACCGCAACUCACGUAUCACUUACUCCAUCCUCAACAGCAACAUGGAGGAGCUGCCUCUCUCCUCUUACGUCUCCAUCAACUCUGAGACGGGAACUAUCUAUGCACAGCGCUCCUUUGACUAUGAGCAAUUCCGGGAGUUUCAGAUCCAAGUAAAGGCCCAAGAUGGCGGCUCUCCCUCUCUCAGCAACAACGCCACCGUGUGGGUGUACAUUUUGGAUCAGAACGAUAACAGCCCUCGCGUUCUGUAUCCUUUCCCAGGUGCUGAGGGCUCUGCCUUGUUUGAGAUGGUUCCUCACUCGGCAGAGCCAGGCUACCUGGUGACCAAAGUGGUGGCUGUGGACGCGGACUCUGGGCACAAUGCCUGGCUCUCCUACCAAGUGCUGCAGGCCACAGAGCCGGCCCUCUUCACCAUUGGGACCCACACGGGAGAGAUCAGGACGUCACGAGCCCUUCUGGAGAAAGAUGCUGUGAAACAGAAGCUGGUCAUCUUGGUGAAGGACAAUGGGAAGGCUCCGCUCUCAGCUACUGUGGUCCUCAACCUUGUGGUUGCCGAGAACUUCCAAGAGGCACUUCCGGAAAUGAGCAAACCAGCCAUUGACUCUAAGUAUCAGUCUGAUAUGAAUGCCAUUUUAGUUAUAGCCUUGGCUUUGGUCUCAUUCUUAUUCCUUUUUACAGUCUUAACAGUUUUAAUACUUAAAUGUCGGAGACAGAGAAGCCCAACAGUGCUUGGAUCCUACAAUACUGACUUGUACUCUAGCUUGGGACACAAAUUUUCCUGCAAUUACAAUAAUGGGACAUUGACAUUGCCCUAUUCAUAUGAAGUAUGCUUAGCGUCUAAGGCAGACCGGAAUGAGUUUGCCUUUCUGAAACCAAACCCCUCAGUGGCCACAGAUGAUCCCAUUCUGAAGGACGAUUCUGGAAUUGGGAAUGAAUCUCUGGGUGAAAAUCUCAUCCCUGAUAACAGUGUACAGGUGAGAAUCACAGAUACAUUUUAA